AUGUCGAAUAAGUGUAAUGGCAUUCAGGUACUUUACAUAAAUUUUUAUUUAUUUUGAUUUUUAUAUUCACUUAGGUAUACCUGCAAAAAAUUAGUGUUUUUUGAGGAAGCCUUCUGUGUUUCAUGACCAAUUUAUGUUUAGCUUGUUUCUAAAAUCUUUCUUUUCAGAACGUCGAGAUCGACGAGCCGAUUCUUCGCGAUGAGCCGUCUAGAUUCACCUUGUUCCCUUUGAAAUACCAUGAUAUCUUUGCCUACUACAAGAAGGCCGUGAACUGCUUCUGGGUGCCUGAAGAAGUCAAACUGGACGAUGAUCUGGAUGACUGGGCAAAAAUGAGCGACGACGAGAGGUUCUUCAUUUCUCGUGUGUUGGCCUUUUUCGCUGCUUCAGAUGGAAUUGUCAACGAGAAUUUGAUUGAAAGGUUCAACGCUGAAGUUAAGCUUCCUGAAGCUAGAUGCUUUUACGGAUUUCAAAUCAUGAUGGAGAAUAUUCACUCUGAGAUGUAUUCGUUAUUGAUUGACACAUACAUUAGCGACGUUGUUGAAAAGUGGGUCUUGGUUUUAUAUUAUUUUUGAUGUUUUAGGUUGAAAAAAGGAAUUAUCUUAGAUAUUUUCUUGUCCUGUUACAUACCUAAAACUUUAAUUUCAGGAGCAAGAUGUUCAACGCAAUUCAGGAGUUCGAGUUCAUCAAGAAGAAGGCUGACUGGGCUUUGAGAUGGAUUGCCGAUGAGAAAUCUUCAUUUGGCACGAGGUUGGUGGCUUUCGCUGCAGUUGAAGGUAUUUUCUUCUCUGGCAGUUUUGCAUCGAUCUUCUGGCUGAAAUCUCGUGGACUUAUGCCUGGAUUAGCGCAGAGUAACGAACUAAUUUCAAGAGAUGAAGUAUGUGGUCUUAUUUUUGAUUUCCUUUAAUUUUAGGUAUAAAAAGCGAUUUUUGCCAUUUUUUAUGCAAGAGGUCGGCUUUACCUCAUAUUUUAUGGUUUUUCUUUUAGGGUCUUCACCGUGACUUUGCUUGUGUUCUAUUCAAGCACUUGAACAACAAGCCAAACAAGGAACAAGUCUACGAUAUUAUCAAAGAAGCUGUAGUGAUCGAAAAGGAGUUCCUGGUAGACGCUUUGCCAUGCAAAAUGAUUGGAAUGAAUGCUGAUAGAAUGUGUGAGUACAUUGAGUAUGUAGCCGAUCAUCUGCUGGAAGAACUCGACUUGGCUCCAAUCUACAAGUCCAAGAAUCCGUUCCCCUUCAUGUCUAACAUCUCACUGGAAGGAAAGACCAACUUUUUCGAACGCAGAGUUACCGAGUACAAGAAGGUCGACAACUCAGCCAAGGAUGAAGCUAUGCACGACUUUACCAUGGAUGCUGACAUCUAA